AUGAGUGAACCAACUCAAGGUAACAAUGCCGGCGACCCUAUUGAUCCCAAUCAGGUGGUCAGCUUUGCUGAGUUAGCGGCUCAAUACCGCGCUCUGACUAGCGCCUGGUCCAAAAAGCUUGAUCUGAAGGAAGAAUUGUUUGGGCUUCAAAAAGAAUGCCAGCGGUUACUCACCGCUUCCAAUCAAGCGUUGAACCAGGUUCUCUGGGAAAAAGACAGGCUUCGGGUCCGUCACCUGGAACUGAGACGCCAAGGCACAAUAGUAUCAGCGGAUGAAGCGCGAUACAACCAGAGCCUCCUUAAUUCCUCAGAAUCGUUUUUUGAAGAUGGAAGUGCAGGGCUUACCGAUGACAUGGCUGAUCUGAAAGCCACGGAGGACGAGCUUGACCGGCAAAUUGCGGACAUCAAGGCCCGGCUCGCAGUAGUGGAGAGGAGGAUUGACGAGGCCUAA